AGAGCGUGCUUGUCCCGAAGGAAACAGGCGGCGCGUGUUACUUUCAAUACUGACAUGCGGAAGCUUUUUUUUCCCUCUAACGGGCGCUCUUUCUCCCUCUAUUCGCUGUGUAGUGUGUUACUCUGAAAUUCUGUCCGUCUCUCUCGUCGAUCGCUCCUAACUAACCAAGAGACACUGAAAUCACAGAUCAAAAUACCUAAAUUCUUACGACGUCACUGUAAUUUUAUCUCUCGUGUUCCUGAUCGGGGUAAACGAAAACCCUAUAUUUUUGGAGCUUGUAGAUUAUACCAAAAUCCUAUAGUUUGUUUCUCUCGAUGCUUGUCCGGAGCUGAUUUGAUCAAAAUUCGAUAAUCUUUUGUGAUGAUUUGUUGAUUCAUUUCCUACAAUAUGCGAGAUUUGGGGUUUGAUUUGUGAGAAGGCUAAUUUUCUAAAUUUUAUGUGUACAUAUCUGUUUCUUGGGCUUGAAUUUCCGGAAAUAGGGUUUUGUAAGGUCGUUUGAAAUUGCACAAAUUUAGAAAUAGGAGUUUGGGGGUGGUUUCUAAAUUUUUGGUUGCGUGGGCGAUUCUUGUAGAUUGAGCUGGAUCGUAGAAAGAAACAUCAAGCUUCUAGAGUUGGCAGUUUGGAGAUUUUCAAUGAUUUUGAUUAGUUAGUAUCGAGGUUUGGCUUGGAAAUUCCAAACCUAGAUCAAUGAGAAGGAAUUGGCAAUUCGAUUUCACUAAAUUGUAGGGUUUUACUAGUGUAGUUUCUUGAAUAGCAGGUGGAUUGUCCUUGGGUGGAUGUAGUUUCAAAAUAUUCAAACUAUGUCGGAGUAUUUUAAGAAGCAGAUGACGUUAUGAUUUCUGGGCAUUGCCUAGUGGGCAGGAGUUUGUAUUAGAGUUGGUGAAGCUUUCCGGGUAUUGGUUUCCGUGGUUGAGACCGCACACUGUUUUGCUGUCAUCAUAUUGUUUGUUCCAAACUUUGCAGAAUGAGCUUAGAGAAUGAAGACCAAAUCUUAUUGGAUCAGCCAUCUGAAACGAAUCAUGAAUGGCAAAAGAAAUUGAAAAUUUUAUAUAAAAGGGAGUUUUUAUUGUCAUUAAGCGAAUUGGAUGUUUGCAGAAAGUUGCCUAGUGGGCUUGAUCAAUCAAUUUUGAGUGAAUUUGAGGAUUCUUUCCAAGAUCAGCAAAGAGUUUCUAGCGCCUUGUCAUCACAUAGUUACAGGCGUAACGAGUAUGGUUCAUCCCCACCUACCAAAGGGGAUUUCAAUAGCUAUUCUUGGGGUGUCCAUGGAAGAUGGGAAAGUCGUUCAUCUGUUCGAGGCGAUAAAGAUAGUGACUCGCAAUCCGAUUGGGAGUUGGAUUCAGGUAGGCGCUAUGGCAACCAAUCUCGACGAUCUUGGCAAGUUCCUGAGCAUGAUGGACUUCUUGGUAGUGGUUCUUUCCCAAGACCAUCUGGAUUUGCUGCAGGAGUUUCGGCUCCAACAUUUCGAGCUAAUGUUCACUCCCAGCUCAAUAAGAGCAAUGAGCCCUAUCAUCCUCCUCGGCCUUAUAAGGCAGUGCCUCACUUACGAAGGGAAACCAAUGACUCCUACAAUGACGAAACAUUUGGUUUUUCUGAGAGCACAAGUGAGGACAGGGCAGAAGAGGAAAGAAAGCGAAGAGUUUCCUUUGAGCUAAUGAGGAGGGAACAUCAAAAAGCAUUUCAAGAAGAGCAGAAGUUAAAUCCUGACAAGCGUAAAUAUGGAUUCGACAUUACCACACUGCUAGAGGAUUCCAAAGAUGAGAAGAGCCUUUUGAAUAGAAGCAGUGUGUCAGAUGACCCCGUGACACCAAAAGCUUCACAUAAUGAUUCUGAGAAAUCUUCUUUUCCCCCACAAACUCCUGCAUCCAGACCACUUGUACCACCUGGUUUUACAAGCACAGUUUUAGAAAGGAAUUUUGGAUCAAAAUCCGUAAUUCAACCGCAUACAGUGGAGGUUGUGAAUCCUGAACUUGAAAACUGCCAUUCACAUGCCAAAGGUAACCUUAUAUUAAAUGGUGUUUCGGAUCAUAAAGUGGAGGAACAGUCAUCAGAACAAAAGGUUUUGGGUACACAUAAACUUGGAAGUACUAGUAAUAAUGUUUCAUUAUAUAACAACAGUGACAAGAAUCUGGAUGUACCAUCCAGUAAUAAGAUUGAUGUGGAUACUCAGUUGCAUAAGACUUCUUAUCUUUCAGAAGCCUUUGAAGCUUCGGAAAAUAGUGAAGUUAUUGAGCUUAAUGGCGAGAAGGUAACAAGGGAUAAAAUAGUUGGUGAAUCCAAUCAUGAUCGGUCAACUUCAAUCCUAGAUAAGCUUUUUGGCUCUGCUUUGACACCAAGUGGUGGUGGGUCCUCUAGUUCAAUUGAGCAUAAUACUAGUAAAGCAGAUGAGACGAUCCCUCAUGCUUCCCAAUCUUCCAAGUUUGCUCGUUGGUUUCCUGAAGAAGAAAAGAAAUUAGUGGCUGAUCUCUCCUCCAGCAGGCCAAAUGACUUCCUCUCCUUGAUUGUUUCUGGCGAGAAAGGUGGAUCCCGGGAAGAAGUUUCUUCUGAUGUGAAGAAUACAGAGCACGUGUUAUCUAAUUUUCCUUUUGAAAGAUUUGAACCUGCAGAUAAAAAAUCAAAUUUAACAUCUGAUAUAAUUGAAAAUUCUGAGCAAUUGUACAAGAAUAAUAAACUGCAGGCACUUCCAGCUGUCCUUACAUGUGAAGACCUCGAACAGUCGAUUUUGUCAGAAAUUAGUGAAAAUGGCUCGACUCAGCAACUGCCUGCUCAAGCCUUGAGCAUUCCCUAUCCAAAGACUGAGCUGCCAAGUGUUAAUAUUAAUGAUCAUGCUUCUCAGCACCUCCUUUCAUUGUUACAGAAGGGAACAGGACUGAAAGAUACUGUACCAUCCUCCAACCUAGACAUUCGAUCUUCAGAGAAACUGCAGAACAAUGAGGGAGUAAGUUUUGACUCUGCAGCUCGGACAAAAGAGGUAAAUUCUGAGAAUUCUUCUAGUUCAGGGCAGAGUCUGACUCUCGAAACACUAUUUGGGACUGCUUUUAUGAUGGAGCUGCAAUCAGUUGGAGCACCAGUGUCUGUCCAGAGAGGCUCGGCUGGAUCUGCAAUAGUUGAUGUUCCAGAAUCUCAUGAGUUUCCUUUUCCUGAAAUUGAUGAUGCUCUUGUUCUUCCAAAUGAAAUAGGGUCCAAUUCAACUAGUUAUGAAAGCAGUGUUUUGACCUCUAAGGAAAGACUGCAAACCAAACCGGUAAAGAUUGAUGAGCAGUGGUUCUGUUUUGAUGAUCCUCAAGCUGAGCCAGAUUCAUUCCAGGUUCGAACUGGAUUGAAGUCUAAGCUUGGUGGCUUUGACAGGCCUGUGGAUACUCGGCUUUCUGAAGAGGAUAGCUUGAUUACAGUUAAUGAUCCUUUGAACCUUCAAAGUUAUGCGAUUGAAAAGACUGCAGCUAGAACCAAUGCAUUAACUUCCCCAAACACCCAAGUUGACAUUGCUGAAAAACUAGCAGCUUGGAAUGCCAUCCUCAAAGACAAAAGAGCAUUCAUGGGGGGUCAAGAAGGUCCACCUUUUCUUUGUGGUGCUCGCGAUAGGAGGGAGCCCAAUAUUACCUAUCAGAAUCUUAGCGUCCAACCAUCUUCCCCACAGCUUCAACCCCCUCAUUCUAAUCAUGUAGGGCCUUUGCUCCAUCCAUUAGAUUCUUGUCCUGCUAACAUUCAUACACAAUUGAAAUUUAUGACACCAGACAGAAUCAUCCAUCAUGAUCCUCCACCGAAUCAUCAAUUUCCUGCUAAUAUGCUUCGUCCUCAAUUUCGUCAUCCCAGCCCUGGAUUGACUGGGUUUGAUCUUCCCAGUCACCACCCUAUGUUGCAACAGAUGUACUUGUCAGGCAACUUUCCUCCACCUCACCUGCUUCGAGGAUUUCCCGGGAGUGCACCAAUGUCCACUCAGCCAAACAGGGGUGCACCUAUGCCUCAUGCCAGCAAUCAGAUGACUGGUUCUAUGCCUGAAUUAAAUCCAUUGCAAGCUUUUCCUUUUGGUCACCGGCAACCCAACUUUGCUGGUCUUGGAUUGCCACCACCAGCUCCUGAAAUUGGUGGUGUUAGUACUCACCCAGAGGCAAUCCAAAGGCUUAUCGAGCGGGAGCUUAGGUCAAAAUCAAAGCAGGUUCAACCUUUUGCUGCUGCUGACCGUGGUCAGGGAAUGUAUGGUCAUGAAGUGGAUAUGGGUUUUGGUUAUAGAUGAUGAUUAUUGAAUGUAUGCUUGUGUAUAUUGCUUUGUGUUCAUGUCUCUUGCUAAGAUCUGCAAGUCCAGUCCUUGUAUCAGUGGUGGAAUGAAUGCUUCUUUCAAGGGGCAUUAGGUGGCUUAGCUUAGUAAUGGAAUUUUCUGGCAACUAGCCCUUAGUGAGUUUUAGGCUAAUUCCAUCCUGUUCACUUGUGGCUUGUGUCGAGUUUGAGUUAUUAGUCUUAAAAAUUGUUCUUAAAUUCAUCUGAGAUCACAUCCUUUCCUGUUUAA